AUGUCACUAAGCAGCGAAGAAUAUAGUAGAUAUGGGCGCCAAAUGCAAGUCCCGGUUUUUCAGGGAUUACAGGGGCAAAUUAAAUUAAAAACAUCAAAAGUUUUGGUUGUUGGUUGUGGUGGGCUUGGGUCUUCUGCAUUAUUAUACUUGGCUGCAUCUGGAUUAGGAACAAUAGGGCUAUUAGAUCAUGACAGGGUGGAAGUGUCUAACUUACAUCGUCAGAUUAUCCAUGACACAUCAACCGUCGGGAUGUAUAAAACAGAGUCUGCUGCAAGGAAAAUGAACCUACUCAAUCCACACUUGAACAUAAAUUUGCAUACUGAAUGCCUGAGCAGCUUGAAUUCAUUACGAAUAUUCAAAGAUUACAACUUAGUCUUAGAUUGCACUGACAAUCCAAUUACAAAGUAUCUUAUUUCCGAUACUUGUGUGGUCUUAAAUAUUCCUUUGGUAAACGCAUCGUCUGUUAAAACUGAUGGUCAACUAAUGGUUCUAAACUUUCAAGAUGGUCCCUGCUAUAGGUGUAUUAACCCGGUUCCAACAAAACCAGAAAACAUAGCAACGUGUUCAGAUAACGGUGUUAUAGGCCCAUGCGUUGGUCUAGUUGGAACGAUGAUGUCGAUUGAAACGAUAAAAAUUUUGACAGGCUUUUAUAAUAGUUCAAAUCCCUAUAAACCUAUCAUGAUGAUGUAUUCGGGUUACAUGGAUAAUAAUGGCCAAAUGUUAAAAAGUUUUAAAAUGAGAGGUAAAAAGAAAGACUGUGUUUGUAAUACAAUGAAUAGGGCUUAUAUUCAAAACUUCAACUAUUCUUUGUUUUGCGGGGACAUUCAAUAUGAUGUCCUUGAAGACCAGUACAGACUAUCAUUUUCAGAUUUAUCAGCUUUAGACUCAUACACUAUUUUAGAUGUCAGGCCAACGGAACAAUUUGAAAUUGCAAAUUUUAAAGACUACGUUAACUUACCACUUAUUAAUAUCCCCUAUACAUCUCUGAUUAGAAAAGAUCUAGACACUCUGAAAGCUGAACUGCCGAAUCAUAAGAUUAUAUGUGUGUGUAAAAGGGGUAAUGAUUCACGAUUAUCUGCUAAAUACCUACGCGACAUUGGAAUAGAUGCGUUUGAUCUAGUAGGCGGAUUGGAUGAAUAUGCCAAGCACAACAAAUUCAAUGUCUAUUGGUGA